UAAAGUUGCACCAUAACAUUAAAUGUAUAAGUUUAGGUUGUACCAUAAAGCAAUUUGUACCCUUAUGUUAUGGUACAACUUUACAACUUGAAGUUGUACCAUCACAUAAAAGUACAAGUUCAAGUUGUACCAUAAAAGAAUUUCUACAAAAAGUAUAGGUACAAUAUGAAGUUGUACCAUAACGUAAAUGUACAAUUUUAAGUUGUACCAUAAAGGCAAAAACCUAUAGCACCAACGUUAUAUAGCAUUGUAAAAUUUCUUUAAAGAAAGAUAAAGGAAUAAGGUGUGGUUCUAAUGCCAGGCAAUAGAGAUUACAUAGUUUUAACUUUUAUCUCAGAUUUUGUUUGAACAUCAGUUAUUUUUUGAUUCAUAAUUUGUGUGUGAGUUACACUCGUUUGAUGCUUAGAUUUAUCAAAUGGGGAGACUCAUGAGAUUCAUGCAUUAUAAUCCCUUUCAUCAAGUGUAGAUUGAAUAUAAACUUCAAAGUCUUGAUAUUUUUUGAAGCAUAUCUAGUUUGAGCUCGAUGUUUCCUUUUUUAGAACGGAUAAAAUCUUCAAACACCAAACAAAUAAAGUGAAAAGAGCCGAUGAUGAUUUUUGUUUUGUUUUAAUGUUUUGGAAUUUUUUAAUUACAAUUUAAUUUUGAAUUAAUAAUUUCUUAUAUGGCAUAUAAGUGGAUAACAAAUAAGCGCCACAUCAUUAGUAGUCAAACAUAGAUUAAUCACCAUUAGGUUAACGGUUAACUUUAACAGUCAAAUGAAAUUUGUGUAACACAAUUGGCGUUGACUCUCAAUAAAUUGAACUAUUAUUGUAAUUAUUUUAAUUCCGUAAUACAAAUGAAAAAGUCGAUAAAGUUGAUAUUUUCACCAUAUUAGCCUUUUUUACUUGGUUUAGGAUACUUGUCAUAGUUUCACUUGUAAAUCUUAACAACGUUCUCUCUAUGUAGACUGUAGAGCGGCAUGGCUCUCUUAAUUUACGAGACUUGUCGUUAUAUAUAUGCGUGUGACAGACGGUCUAACUGGCGAUGAUAAGGAAGAGAACCAACGACAGGAGCACCAACCGCGCGCAAUGUUCGAGCUUAUGGCGAACCUGCACAAGCUUAAGGCUGCUAAUGCAAAUUCAUGCUUCUAUACUAGUGAAAGGCUUCAAUUCAAGUCCAGCAGCUCUAAGAGAGCUCAUUUUCGCGAGUGCGAUUGCAAUUCCUGGCACCAUAGAUUACGCCCACCAACUGUUCGCUCAAAUUACCGACCCGGACACUUUUAUGUGCAACACCAUGAUGAGAGGAGCAGCUCAGAGCCAAAACCCACUGAGAACUGUUUCCGUGUAUAACGUGAUGGCGCGUUCUGGUGCAAAGCCUGAUAAUUUCACGUUUCCCUUCUUGGUCAAAGCUUGUACGAGGCUUCAGUGGAGGAAAAUGGGUAGUUGUGCCCAUGGGAUGGUGGUGAGAUUCGGGUUUGGAGGAAACAAUUUUGUGAGGAACACGAUUGUCUAUUUUCAUGCUAAUUGCGGGGAUUUAGGAGUAGCAAGAUCGAUUUUUGAUAAUAUGGUGGAGAAGGAUGUUGUUGCUUGCUCUGCCUUGAUUGCAGGAUAUGCAAGGAGAGGGAACUUGAAUGUCGCCAGGCAGCUGUUUGUUGAAAUGCCAGUUAAAGAUUUGGUGUCUUGGAAUGUGAUGAUUACUGGGUAUGCAAAGAGAGGGAAGAUGGGUAGUGCGAGGGAGCUCUUUGAACAAGUCCCCAAGAGGGAUGUGGUGACUUGGAACACUAUGAUCGCAGGGUAUGUCAAUGUUGGGCAGAAUGACCAGGCUCUGAAGUUGUUUGAGGAGAUGAGGAAUGCUGGAGAACAUCCGGACGAGGUUACAAUGCUCAGCCUUCUAUCAGCUUGUUCACAGUUAGGAGACUUGGAGACUGGAAAGAGUGUGCAUUCUUCAAUCUUGCAAGUGAGCAAGGGAGAGUUGGGUGUUUUACUUGGUAAUGCUGUUAUAUCCAUGUAUGCUAAAUGUGGCAGCAUAAAAGUUGCAGUUGAAGCAUUUCAAGGGAUGAAAGACAAGGAUGUUACUUCAUGGAAUUCAGUUAUAGGAGGAUUGGCUCGAAAUGGGCAUGCUGAUGAAUCAAUCAGGUUGUUUGAAGAGAUGCUGAGAUUGGGAAAAAUUACUCCAGACGAGAUCACUUUUGUUCAAGUGUUGAUUGCUUGUAAUCAUGCCGGGAAGGUUGAUAAGGGGCGUAGUUAUUUUGAUCUGAUGAUAAAUAGGUAUGGUAUAGUUCCAAAUAUGAAGCACUAUGGGUGUAUUGUCGACAUGCUGGGGCGUGCAGGGUUAUUGACAGAAGCAUUUCAGUUCAUUGACAAAAUGAAUGUUGAACCGAAUGGCAUUAUUUGGAGGACCCUUCUUGGGGCUUGUGCAUUGCAUGGAGACAUUGAACUUGGGAAGCGUGCAACCGAGAAAUUAAUGAAGCUAAGAAGAGAUGAGAGUGGAGACUACGUGUUGCUUUCCAACAUGUAUGCUGCAGUAGGUGAGUGGGGUGGGUUUGAGAAGGUAAGGCAGGUAAUGGAUGAUUAUGGAGUGUGGAAAGAGCCUGGCUACAGCAUUAUGGAACCCGAUAACAAAGCUUCUUGCAGUGUGGAAAGAGCCUGGCUACGUGAUGAUCAUUAAGCUUCUAUCUCCGCCAAGAAGCAGCCAUGUUUCAUAGAGUUGAGUGUCACAAAGUUCUUGCAGGUAAAUGCAACAAAAACUCUUCAACUAUUUAGAAGCAAUUUAUUUUGUUUGCAAGAGUGCAAUUAUUAAAUUUGUUGGCAAUGGAGAAGUGAACUCGACUUUUGUUAUGCUUAAUGAAAUUUGUGAAGCUGAAUUCAUUGCGCUAUAGUUCAAUUGUUGUGUUCCAGCAGCUUCGACUAUGGUUCAUCUGAGUGUAAGUUGCUGGGAAUAAUUGGAAGUUUAUGUCCAGUUAAAUGCACAGAUGCCAUUGACUUGAGGACUGAAUCCAGUGUGUAUGCGAAACUAUUAAAUGUUCAGAAAGCAAAAGAUGGAACAUUCUAGCUGAAAUGGAACAUAAAUUGGUAGUCCAAAUAAUGUCUUACUGCUUAUGAAACUAUCAUCUCAAUGAAUUGUAACACAUAAACUUGCACGCAGAGAAGGCAAGUUUCAAGAAAGUAGAAAAGCAUAACCAAUGCAGUCAAAAUCUAGAUUUUAAGUAAAAUCGAAAACUGAGGUAGACAAACACAACUAAUCCAUAUAUUUUUCUUGUACAUAAUAGAAACACACAAAUAAGAAACCCGAAACAUUAUAGAUAUCACUGUUAAUUAAUUGUUAAGAGUAGAAAAUCACAUAAGAUCAUUAGGAUCAACAUUAACAUCGCUUACACAUCAUCGUCAUCAUCCCCAACCUCACUCUCAUCGUUUUUAUUUGUUUAAGGACUAAUAUCAUUACUCUUAUGAUCACUUGAAGUACUUUCACCAUUAACCAUAUUUCCUUGAUUGCCAUCAUUUGGAAAAGAUAACUCAUUGAUUGAUGCAUUCCCUUCUUAAUUGAUAAAAGGUCGGGUUAGUGGUGCUGAAGGAUUGGGAGAUGAACAAAAGCUUGCAAUGGAGAUUUGGAUUAUUGUGAGGGUGGUGGGAACAAACUACAAGCUAAUUGGGAGGGUGGAAGAUAUUCGUUGAUGGAAGGAGUUGGGCACCGACGUGCGAAAGAGGAAGAUACGAGGAAGAGAAUGAAAAUAAAUUGAGGGUUAACUAUCAGGUUGGGGUUGUGUUGUUCAUUAUAUUGGGUUGGGGAAAGUAAAUUUGACUCGGUUCA